UUCGGCAACAUGGGUCGAAACCCAGCCCAAUAUAAGACGAAAUAGGAGAAAUAGGCGCCCGGUCCAAGCUCGCCAUAAGGCCCGCCUGAUGAGUCAAUGACCUCAAAUUUUCAAGCAAAGCAAUUUCACGGAGAGAGAGACAGAUGUACCUGAAGAAGGCGCUGUGGAGCGAGGGCCUGUCGAGCUCACCGGAAUGUGACGCGCAGUCGUCGUGUUCGGAGAAAGCGACGGCCGUCGAAGAGCUUGUGAACUCCCUGAACAAGCAGCGACUGUACAGAGAGGUUACUCUCGCCCUCCGAAGCGGUCUUAGCGACGCGCGCGCCGAGUUCUCCUUUCUUCGUGUUCGCGGCCUUCGCAGCCUCCUCAAGUACCUUCAAUCCGUCGCUCAGUUCCCUGCCACCAUCGAUCUCUUCUGCCACACCCAAUCCAUCGCCGACCUUCAAGUUAUUCCUGUUCUGUUUCAAAACUCAUUGAAACAGUCAGAAGAUGACAAGGUGGCAAAUUUGGACCAUAUAUUCAGUGUGGAACCCAUGAAAAUCACUAGUCCUUCAACUGAUGCUGAAGUUGCACUAGCACUUCGAGUUUUGGAAGGAUGUUGUCUACUGCAUAAAGAGAGCACAGUUUUUGCGCAUCAACACAAGGCUAUUCAGGUUUUGAUGAAUAUUUUAUCAACUCGAGGAGUGCUUGAGCAAGGUGCAUGUUUAGAUGCUUUUAUCUCAAUCAUGUUGGACUCAUCAGCCAAUCAAAUGGACUUUGAGGCAUGCAAUGGUAUUGAGGAAGUUGCAGAUCUCAUUAGAGACAAACGAGUGGAUGAAAAUCUGAGGAUGAAAUGUGGGGAGUUCUUGCUGCUAUUUGUUGGACAUGUAAAUGGCAGGGAAAGGUCACCAAUGGCAACAAUACACGAAGACUUAAGGCGUCUUCUAGGAGAGAAAUCUGCCUCCUUAAUAUGGGCAGCAAGUCAGUUUGGGUCAUCUCUUGAUUCGGAGCAAAGACUGAUGGCUCUUCACAUCCAGGCUCGUAGGGUGCUUGAAUCACUGGACAUGUAUUGAAUGUAAAAAAAUAGAUCUACUUCUUUGUAAAAAUAUAUGUAUCUGUUUCAACAUUGCUGGUAACACAAGGAGCAUCCUGGAGGGGAUUUUUUCAGUGUCACAAAA